AUGGCGUUUGUGAUAUGGCACCCCGGGGGCGUCGUCACCAGCGCGUGCGACGUGGAUAUUGCUGAGGUCUGCCUGAAGGAGCGCCCCAACAUGCUGCACCAGCCGGGACAGAUCGCGGACUGCCUGGCGGACGCGCUUGAGCGCAUCGCCGCCGCCGAGGCCGCCGCCAAGGACGGCCGCGCCCCGCCCGCGAACCCCGCGCCCCGCCUCUCGGACGAGUGCCGCGCGCUCGCUGACGUGGCGGCGCCGCCCGACAUGCGGCGCGCCUUUGAGGAGUCCCUGUCAGCAGCCCUCCUGACCAGCCGCCUCGGACUGUCCGCGAUAGAGUCCAAGACCGGCGUCAGCCUCGUCGCGCGCGACGCGCAGACCGGGGAGCCGCGGGGCGUCACGCUCACCGGGUGGACUGCGCUGUUUGGGGUCGCGGCGGCGGUGGUGACGCUGCUGGGGGCCGGGUUCUACGGGUGGCGGCAUUACCACGGCAUUGGGGACGCCUCGACUGUUGUGCUCAAGUCGCGGCAGGGGUACAGACGGGUGUCGACGUCUUAA